AUGGCAGCAGGCGCGUUUGCCGGCAUCGCCGAGCAUACUGUCAUGUAUCCCAUUGAUGCAAUCAAGACGCGAAUGCAAGUCCUCAGUCCUAGCACUACGACAGCUUAUUCUGGUGUUCUCCGCAACACCUAUCAGAUAGCAUCGGGGGAGGGAUUCUUCAGCUUGUGGCGUGGGAUGUCUAGUGUCAUUGUUGGAGCUGGCCCUGCACAUGCUGUGUACUUUGCUACGUACGAGGCUGUCAAACAUGCCAUGGGCGGGAACCAGGCCGGUGUGCACCACCCCCUCGCCGCUGCUACCAGCGGAGCUGCCGCCACUAUUGCUAGCGAUGCCUUUAUGAACCCAUUUGAUGUCAUUAAACAACGAAUGCAAAUCCAAAACUCCAGCAAAAUGUACCGGUCCAUGAUCGAUUGCGCCAAGUAUGUGUACCGAAACGAAGGCAUUGGAGCGUUUUACAUUUCAUAUCCUACGACAUUGUCCAUGACAGUCCCGUUUACUGCAUUGCAGUUUCUGGCUUACGAAUCGAUCUCGACGGCCAUGAAUCCCGAAAAAAAUUACGACCCUUUUACGCAUUGCCUGGCUGGAGCGGUUGCUGGAGGCUUUGCGGCUGGCUUGACCACACCAAUGGAUGUGAUUAAGACAAUCUUGCAAACUCGAGGUACAUCAUCGGACCCUCAAGUUCGAAAUGUGAACGGAUUUCUAGGCGGAUGUCAGCUCCUUUACCAAAGAGAAGGAUUUCGUGGCUUCUUCAAGGGUGUGCGUCCUAGAGUAGUCACCACUAUGCCUAGCACCGCUAUUUGCUGGUCGGCAUACGAAUUCUCCAAGGCCUAUUUCAUCAAGCGCAACGAUUCAUCGUAA